AUGGCUAGAAGAUCCGAAAUAGGACAUUCAUUGACUGUGGAAGAUGUUUUCGAUUCUGUUUGGAAAAGCGUACAUCAAAGCUGGAGGAAGUUAAAAGACCAACUCAGAAGCGGCGAAAUAACAUUUAAAGAGUUUGAAACUUAUUUUGACAAAUUAGAUAUGGCAGCAAUAAAAAAAGAACUCUCCCUAUUUUCAGACAGUUCUUCAGAUUCUUGGAUUCUUGAAAGAUACAAUCAAAUAGAACAAUACAAAAUAUUGCGACAGUGUCUGAAAGGGGCAAUCAUAAUACUGGAAUUUGUUGAGGAAUUUAAAUUGAAAGGAGAUUUUUCACCAAUUGAGAGAAUUGUGGAAAUGGAAAAAAACGACGAUAUACAAAUGAAGAAGUUGGAUAUUGGUAUGAUGAAAACGUGUGAUAUUCUUCGGGGUAUAAAGAAAGCUGAGAUUGAAUGUAUUGAAACACUUAUUCAGUGCAAGCAGGUUGUCCUAUGGCUCCGAACAUACAUGAAAAACCUGCAAGAACUAAAUGUAUUUGCCGAUCUUGCAACUAUGACAGCUGGAGAAGGUGAUAUGGAAGUAGACAAAGUCAAUUUUCUUCAUUCUGCAACCAGAGGUUAUGCGGCUUUGAUAUUUGAUCUUGGCGAGUCAUGCGGAUACACUAAAUUUAUUGAGAGAUGCAAACAAGUGUGGAAAGAGCUGGCUGCAGAUCCAAAUUUACCAGAAAAAAUGAAAGACACAAAGAGAAAUCUUGAUUGGUUUGACGGAGUGAAACAGUUCCAAGGAUCUGUGGAGGUUUCAUCAAUGGAACAAGCCAAAACAAUCAAUGCAGCAGGGAUUUAUGUUGUUGGAAACUUACAGGAGGAUUCACCUAAUCAUAAACUGAAUGUCGAUGAUGUACUGCAACUUCAUAUCAAGGAUGAAACGCAAGGGCAAGGAUUGCGUCCAAAAUAUCAGUAUAAAGAUCUACAAGAGCUUCAAAGCAAACUGAUGCUUGUUGCAGGAAAAGCUGAAAAGGGGAAGGAGGAUGUCGAUAGAUUCACAAUGAUUCUGGAUUCAGUUGUGCGUUUGAGUAAUGUCUACAUUAAACUAGUGGAAUCUGGAUGUGUUUUGUUUACGAACUGGCAGGCAAGGUUCCUAUGCGAUCCUGGUAGAGCAGUAUGUGCAUUUAUUACAUUCGGAACUGGAAAAGAAUGUAAGCAAUUGAAAGGCAGGCGCAAUGAGGAAGAUGAUGUCAUUACAAUUAUGCCUGAAAUUGCAAAGUUUAUGGAAAACUGCUUGGAAGAGUGGCUGUGUUAUCUUGAUGAGAAAAGGGAUGAGUAUUAUCACCUUAAUCAUUUUACCAUAGAUCAAGUCGUCAUUCUUCAGAGAGAAUUGGCAAGAUUUAAUGCUGGGGAAGAAAUAUCAAAUCUUACUAUUCCUCUUCUGUCUAUUGUCAAUAAUGACUGUAGUUAUCACGAUCUUACCGAUGCAAUGCAGAAAGCGAACGAAGAAGUUGAAGACAAAGAAACGAGAGAGGGGGAACUCGUUCUUGAAGAAAAAGUUGUGAUAUCUGAAGAAGAUAUUGUAGCAAAAUUUAUACAUGAAAUGGUAGAAGCUGGACAAGAAGAAUUGGUGGCAAGGGCUGCAUUGGCUAAUGGCAUUGAACCGAACGACAUCGAUGGGGGUCUACUUUGGUGCAUUGAAAAUGAAAGAAGCAUUUUUUCUGAAAGGGAAGAGAAGAAAAAGAGCGCUACAGCAAAGGUACCCUUAUCAAUUGCAAGCGAACAAAUCCUGAGUACUCUUUCUAGCAGUGGUGAAUCUGCAAUAGGACCUCUUAUUAGAGACUUAAGACAGCUUUGGACAGCUUUUCAAACAUCAAUAUCAUCUAAUCUUACUGACUAUUUGAGUGUUGAGCAGUUGGGGAUUGUGUUGAAGUAUAUUUCAAGAAAAGGGACAACGAUUAUCGAUAGAGAAUUUCUUCAAUGCUUUCAAAGUGGAGUUCCGAACUUGCUUGUGUGUUGUCAAGACGAUGUGAUCAACACAAUUCUGUCGAUAUACUGUCAGGAUACUAAACAACCUUUACCAUGCCCUGAUGAGGUUCUCUUGUGCACUCAAGAAACAAGCUUGAACGAGAUUGAGAUCUUUUGGAGAAGAGCUAUGUACAACGAUUGUGGGAAAAUACACUGUCUGGCAAAUGUUGAGAACCUUAGCUACGACGUCAGUGAAAAGGGAGAACGACGUUUGGAUUAUCAUAUGCAAAAUGCACUUACCAGAGAAAUUCAGUACAAGUUAGUAGUAAUAUGUGGAACGGAGCAGGAAAACAAUUCUCGUAUUGUUGCUGCUCUUGACAAACACAGAAGACCACCUCUUCCACUGAUGAGUCACCAGGUCUUGCUACCUUGCAUCCGUGAAAAGCUGACGGCUGACAUGAAUAAAAUGCCGAUGGUACCAGCUGCAUCUGUGGACUUUGAAUGCUGCACUGUUCGUAUUAUAAAAUCAUGGAGAUCAGGUGUCGGAAAGACGUUAUACAAGAAGAGACUAGUUGAAAAAUUAAACCUGACCCACAAGAAACUGGAUAGGGGUGGCCGUGCAACAACAAUAACUAUACCAAUUCAUGAGAAGAGGAUUGAGGUCGAUGAAAUUAUGUCUGUUCUUUUGCAAAAUACUUCACCAACGAUGAAAACAGAACCCAGGAUAUUUCACAUUGACCUAUCUCAUGAAGUUGAAGAAGGUGUCGACUAUCUUCUUUUCCAACUACUUAUCCUGGGAUGUCUAACAAAUAGCCAAGGUUAUAUAUGGAGAAAAUCUCCAUUUGAUCUUUACUUAGUGGAGUCAUUACCAAUUCUUUCACAGAAUAAAAAGAAGAAUCAGUUAUGCAAGUGCCUGCACCAAUGUUUGGACAUUCUGCCAGACGUCGUUUGUAGGUCACCAUCAGAGAGUUUUGGAAUUUACAAAGGCUCUAAAAUACCAGAGGGGUUUAGAGAUAGUGACGCCUUGUUUGAUCAGCAGGAGUUCGAGAGCAUUGUAUUUCAGAGACCCUUUCAGUACCUUUACCGUUUGGAUAGAGGCCAGUCCUUGAAAGAUAUUAACUUGCACGUAAAAGAAAUUUUUGGUACUCCACAAUUAUGUCUUCAGACAUUAUUAGGACAUUGUGGUGUGGUUGAUCCCUCUUGGUCGGAAUUGAGGAAUUUUGUGUGGUUUUUAAGUACACAACUUUUAGACUUUGAAAGUUCUGAUUAUGUAAGCGAUGCUGCAGCAGAAUUCUUACCCGGAUUUGCACAGUUUGUCCUGAAAUUUUUGAUUCAGAUGUCUCGGGAUUUUGCCACAAGAUCACUUAAUUUAAGUGAAGAAACACCAAGCUAUGCGACCAUGACUGAAAAUGAUGACACUGAGGACAUUUAUAAUGCAGACAUUAGAAAAUUUCAAAUGAGAAGAACCUGGGAAAAUAGUCCUCACCCUUAUUUGUUUUUCAACCCUGACCACAACACUAUGACUUUUGUUGGAUUUACAAUUGACCGAUGGACAGGAAACCUGGUGGAUUACCAAACCAAAAAAAUCAUCGAAAAAGCAAUCCUAUCCAAGGAUUUGGGAAUAGCUCUGCAUCAAAAUAAUGUGAACAUGAAUGAAAAUUUCGACAGAUUAACGAGAAAAGACAAGUUACAAAAAUUGGGUUCUGUUAUGGGCUUGAAGAGAGUACACGAUCCAGAUAGUACAUACGAACUGACCAUGGACAAUGUGAAGAAAAUUUUGGCCAUCUACAUGAGAUUUCGAUGUGACAUACCUGUAAUCAUUAUGGGAGAAACAGGAUGUGGAAAAACUAGACUUAUUCAGUUUAUGUGCCAGCUUCAAUGCCCUGAUGUGAAGAAUGUGAAAAACAUGCUUGUGAUGAAGGUGCAUGGAGGAACAAAAAAGAUAGACAUAAUCAAUAAAGUGAAAGAGGCUGAAAAAGAAGCAAAAAGAAAUUCUGAAAAAGAAGAAACCAAGAACAUAUUCACAGUGCUUUUCUUUGAUGAAGCAAACACAACCGAAGCAAUAGGUGUGAUCAAGGAAAUUAUGUGUGAUAAAACGAUAUGUGGAGAACCAUUAAAUCUAUGCCAGUCUUUAAAAAUCGUAGCUGCUUGCAAUCCCUACAAAAAACACUCUAAAAAGAUGAUACAAAGGCUAGAGCAAGCAGGACUUGGUUAUCAUGUGGAUGCUUACAAUACAACAGAUCGAAUGGGUAGGAUACCAAUGAGGAGGCUGGUAUAUCGGGUACAGCCAUUACCACAAAGCCUGUUGCCUCUUGUUUGGGAUUUUGGGCAACUAGACACGAAGGUUGAGGAAUUGUACACAAAGCAGAUGAUCUUAAGAUAUAAGAAAGAUGGUAAAAUUCCAGAUGUUGACGGUAUAGAGGACGUUCUCAGUCGUAUUCUGACUGUUGCACAGGAAUUUAUGAGAAAACAAAAGGAUGAGUGCAGUUUUGUCAGUUUGCGAGAUGUUGAAAGAGUUUUAACAGUAUUCAAUUGGUUUUGCAACGAAGAUGAAAAUGGUUCUUUAUUAUUAAAUAUGUUAAACAAACCAACAGAGACUGAUGAAUCAUCCGAUGAGGACGAAGAAGACGACGGUGACACUGACGAGAACAUUGAGAAAGUAACAAAUCUUACAACAGCAUUAGUAUUGGCACUUGGAGUAUGUUACCACGCAUCUUUGAAGAACAGAGAUGAAUUUCGGAGCACAAUUACAAAGACGUUUGUGGACCCAUUUUAUUUACCACGUGGUUCAGAACAAAUGUUGGAUCUGAUAGACAGAUGCCAAGAAGUGUUUUUGAAUAAUGUGAAGUUGGACGAAAACAUAGCCAGAAACAAGGCCCUGAAAGAGAAUGUAUUUAUGAUGUUAGUCUGCAUAGAACUUCGAAUACCUUUAUUUUUGGUUGGAAAGCCUGGGAGUUCAAAAUCUCUGGCAAAGACUAUAGUUGCAGACGCCAUGCAGGGAAAUUCUUCAUUCUCGCCACUUUUCAAAAAUUACAAACAGGUGAAAAUGGUGUCUUUUCAAUGCAGUCCAUUGUCAAUAGCGGAAGGCAUAAUUGCAACAUUUCGUCAAUGUGCAAAGUAUCAAAAAGAUGGUGAUCUGAAGAAAUUUGUUUCUGUUGUUGUUCUUGACGAAGUAGGACUUGCGGAAGACUCCCCAAAAAUGCCACUCAAAACAUUACAUCCACUGUUGGAAAACGGUUGUCUUGAAGAUGAAGAACCAGAACCCUACAAGAAGGUUGCUUUUAUUGGUAUAUCUAAUUGGGCCUUGGAUCCGGCAAAAAUGAACCGAGGAAUUCUCGUACAACGUGAAACACCAGACCUUGACGAAUUAAUUGAAACGGCUAAAGGGAUAUGUAGCGAGGAAAAACAGCACUGGAUUAGUUCCUUGAUCAAACCUCUGGCAAAUGCAUACCUGGCUAUUUUUGAAGCUGUGCUUAAGAAACGAGAAUUUUUUGGAUUGAGAGACUUUUACAGUCUCAUCAAGAUGAUAUACGCGUUCACUGUCACAAACAAAAGACGUCCUACUUGGCUGAUGUUGAAGCAUUCGAUAAAACGAAACUUUGGUGGCACUGAAGAGAUAGACAUAGACCCACUAAAAAUCUUUAUCAAGCACCUUGAGCCUUAUGUUACAAGAAAUGAAGCGCCAACCGCUGGAGAUCCAGACUGUAGUGCAACUGGACUGAUAAAAGCGUGUCUUCGAGAAAAACAAUCAAGAUAUCUUCUUUUGCUCACCGAAAAUUACGGAGCACUCUCGGUGUUACAGCAGAAAGUAUUGAAAAUGAACACGAUUACAAUUUUUGGGAGCAGUUUUCAAAGUGAUCAACAAUAUACACAGGUCUGUCGAAAUAUCAACCGAAUAAAAGUCUGCAUGGAGACCGGAGCUACUGUAAUCCUCUUGAAUCUGGAAAACUUAUAUGAAAGCCUGUAUGAUGCAUUAAAUCAGUAUUAUGUUUAUCUGGGAGGAGAGCGGUAUGUUGACCUUGGACUUGGUUCACAUAGAGUCAAAUGCAGAGUUCACAAAAACUUCAGGUUGAUCGUUGUUGCAGAAAAAGACGUAGUUUACAAAAAAUUCCCCAUUCCGUUGAUUAAUCGACUUGAGAAGCAUUUUCUGAACAUAUCCACAAUGUUGUCUCCAUUUCAAAUGAAACUGACAAGUCAUUUGGAACAAUGGAUUGACGAUUUUGUCACCCCCUUGACUACUAUUCAAGCUCAUCACUUCAAACGGAAUACAGCACCUAGCUUGACAAAAAUGGACGUGUUUAUCGGAUACCAUGCUGACACGUGUGCAUCUAUUGUCCUACAAAUUUGCCAUGAACUGUGUGAAGAAAAAAAAGAUAAUGACGCCGAGAGUGAAAGCGAUAGUGAAGAAGAUCGCGAAGAAUUUGAUGAGAAAAUCAUGGAGUUCAGAGAAAGGAUUUUGGAGAGCUCAAAAGAAUUGCUUUUGUGGUGUGUUACCCCAGAUGCCAUUUUGCGUCUAGGCACAACAAAGUUAAAAGAGUUUGAAAAGGAAAUCCGUGACAAGUACUUUUUUUAUCAAAAACAUGAAAGCCUUUCUUCAUACUUUCUUAACCACCUAAGAGAGGAAAAGACCACCAUGUGUCUUCAGGUCACAACACAUUCUAAGCUUCUCACAACUGGUGAUCUGGAUGAAAUUUCGAAAAGUGUAGACAUAGAGGUUUCCCAUAUUACUCUCCUUUCGCUUCAGUCUUUUGAUACAGAGCAACAAUUUUGCAGACAAUUGAGGCACAAUUUUGAGAAAAAUCUCCAGGAUAAACUAUUUCUGAUCGUCCAAUGUGAUAAUGGUAUUGAAAAUGCGAAUCUUAUUGCUUGUGCACGGUAUUGUGUUUUGGAUGAACUUCAACAGCUGUCAAAUGCUAGGAAGGAACGAACACAUAUCGUGUUCAUAAUUCAUUUGCCAAGAAUGUCGUCUGGUCAUUUUGCAGGGUUUCAGUGUGGGGUUUGGAAAACUGUGCAUAUAGAUGACAUAAAAAGUCCAGAUAAUGACAUCCCAAGAAUAACUGAAAUGGUAGGAAAGAGCAUAGGAACUCUACUAGAAAGUGCGACAAAGGCAAAACCCGUGAUUUAUUCAGUUAAAGAAAGUAGUACCCCUGAACAAGAGGAGGCAUCUGAAAUAGAAUUCAGAGAAAGAGAAAAUGAAGAGGAUUUAAAUGACCAUACAAAGCAAGCUGCUUUUCACAGAAACUUCAAUUUCCCAGCACUUGUUAAAAUGAGUGUUCAUUCGUCUCUGGCAAUGGUUAAGGAUCCAGAUGACCCGGAAAGAGCAACGCAUCGUGUGAAACUACUGAUAAAGCUUUUGCAUGACACUGGCGAAAGAGAUGCUUCAUUCAUGAUGGGUAUUUGUUUACAUCUCUCAAAACUAAUGAAAGAAAAAGAGAAUGAAGUAACUGGGGACUCUGCUAACAUAUGGCUCACUUCUGAAGCAACCAGCAGAGAUCACAUCAACAGAGUUGGAACCUUCAGGAAAGCAAUGACACAGUGUGUUGUGGAUAAGCUGUCACCUUUGCUGGCUGGAAUAAUUUCAAAGGUCGACACGAACAGAAACCUGGAUAUACUAGAAGAAACACAGUCAGCAUGGAAACAAAGGCUGUGGUUAGGAAUUUUGAACGCUCCAAAUGCAACAGGAAUCAAGUACUCUAUGUUUAUCUCUCCCCAAGGCUUAAAGCAAAUGUCAGAUUAUAAUGUUCUCGGAACAGGAUUCGAUGGUCACAUGUUUUCUGCAAAGAUGCCAUUUUCAUGGAUAGUUUUCAAUCUUGUUCAAAACACAGUUCAAACAGAAUCAUCGAUGACAUCUGAUGGAACGGAUUCUAGUAAUCCAGUUUUUACGAUCUCAAAAAUUGUCGAGAACCUACCCCUUGGAAAGAUUCUUGAAACUUACCUGCAGCAGGUUCAAGUAGAUGACUUCCUAACCGCUUACAUACAUGAUUUCAUCCACAUGGUCUAUCCGCCGUGUUCAGACACUGAACUGCAGCUUGUUUGCGGCGAUCUGAGAAUUGGAUGUCAUUUGCUGUUAAAUGAACAAGAACCUACUUCUGCAGUAUGCUGGAUAGUAGCAAUCCAUAUGGCUUAUGAAAAGUCCAGUGUGUUAUUCCAAAACUUCAACAGCAUCGCUCAAGUGUGGCCAAAUUGUAGUUUUGCUGUUAAGGAAUACAUGCAAAGUGAUGAGAACAAGGGGAUGGUCACAAGUGAGGAACAGAUACUAGAUGUACUUGGGCUCUGCCUCCUAGUUCGCAAUCUUGAACCAAAGGUAGAAACAUUCACAGACGCAAAAGGGAGACAGAAGUGGGUUUUGAUGGUAAACAAAUACAGGCCAGUUGUUGAAAGGAUUCUUGAUCAAGACACAUACGGCUCUUCAAAGAACUCCAAGCGUGAAAGUGGAAUCCGAGAAGCAAGGUACCAAUGGACACGGGCCACUGUUCUUAAAUUAUUUCUUGAACAUGUUUGUUCUACCAAUGAUUUUCAUGCAAAACGGUGCAUGAUACUUUGGAAGAUGUUGAAAGGUGAAGCAGAUAUGAAAACCUUCCAAUCCCUGGAAAAGAUAGAGAAAUUUUUGACAAUUUGUAUGAAAGAAGCUAUGAAAAAGGCUUUUGGCGAUCAAAAGAUUUGCAAGUCUUGUGAAUCCGAAAUAGUCGAGCGACCUAUUCAGCUCCCAUGUGGUGAUGUGAUUUGUGUAAGAUGUUUUAAGGAGGCACCAAUUACAGGAAAAACAGUAUGUCCUGUUUGCCAUGCCGGAUUCCCAGCCGAUUUCCAACCACUUGAUACAGAAAUUUGCAAGCCAGAGAUAAAAGAAUUUAAUUCUUUCAAAAAGUCUUGCAACAGUUUUUACAUGGAUGUUGUUUCUCAACUAUGCUUUUCUGACGAUAUGGCACCAUCACAGGAGGUCAUAGAAAAGCUUAUGUCGCACAUUGCCAUUAGUCCAAAAACUGGAAAAGCUCAUGAAGUAAUGAGCAAGGAAAUUUCAAUUUUUGACGAAGGAAUAGACCCCUCUCCAGUUCUUCGUUCGUUUCUUUUACAACACUUAUUGAGAACUAGUUUCAAAGAUGUUGAGACCUAUUUGGAAAAAUACCUUCUUAACGCACAGAAUCUAUUUAAGAAUAAAGAGAGUAGUCUGUUCGAACUAAGCGUUAUGAUAAUUAAUUGCUUUGAGGAUUCGUUCACACAGGAGUGUUCCAAAACGUCAGAUAAUAAAAAUUCAGAAUUGAAAAUGGCAGUUCAAAUGCUUACAAAAAAUGUUCAUAGACUGCAAACAGAGCCUUUUGGAAUUGCAAAGGUGCUGCUUUUGUCUGAAUGCCGUUUUGGGUUAAAAAUAGCAGCAGAUUGCCUAUACAAAAUAGAAGUUACAAAGUCAGUCAAAAAAAGUUCCAAGCAUGUUCGACGGAUUCUAGAUGUGACCGAAAAAUUCUGUGCAGAGUCUGGACUGAUAUAUCCAAGACAUUUCAUCAUUAAGUAUCUCUGUCGGUGCUAUGGUGUUGAGAGUUUUCAAGCAAUUUGUAGCAGCCAUGCUCAUGAUGUUGUUAAGCAGAUCGAUUUACCUGAACUUCACAUGGACGAGGUUAUCCAGUGUUUGGACAGAUUUAUUGUUUGUGGCAGGAUUUAUCAGGAAGUGAGAGAAGCAAUAACCAAGUCCAUAUUUGGGAAAAAUAAUUCUCCUUUGAAAAAAGUGCUUGAAGAAAUACAAGAACCGGAACCACAGCAACGAAUUGUAUUGCUUCUUGCUCUCUUCAAAGAAGUAACAAUGUCCAAUUUAUUUGACCGACAGGAUAAACGUAGAAUUUCGUUCGAGCAAACAAAAAACUUUGUAGAAGGAUACCUCUCAGGACAUCCCUUGUUCAAGGAUCGGAAAGAAGUUCUUGUUAAUGUGUGCAGAAAUGUUAUUGUUGGUGAAUUUCAACUAGAAUGGAUAGCGAGAGGAAUGAACCUACGUCAUCAAAAUAUGAUUUGUGUCCUUUUUCAUUUCUUCGUAACCCUUUUGGAGAUGCCACUGAAAAAUACACUCUUUGAACCUUUGGCACAACUGAUAAUAGAUCCAAAAUCUAUGAAGGAUGCGCUUCUGCCAACUAUGCCUCAGGAUGAUACGGAAGACUUCCGUAAUAUCAUUUAUGCUGCUAAUCUAAUUGAGGGACGCCCAGUGCAAUAUCGAUGUCCAAACGGCCAUGCCUACUUCAUUGGUGAUUGUGGUCAACCAACGACAUUUUCAAAAUGCCCAGACUGUGGUCAGAAAGUUGGUGGAGAGAAUUACAAACUGCAAGCAAGAAAUAAGCUAGACCAAGGGGAGGACACGACAGAAAAAGGGCAUAUAUUGGGUGAUGCAGACCUAAGGCAGCAGGUUGCCACACCAGAACGAGAUUUAUCCCCUCUCCAAUGUGCUGUACUUAGGCUUUUUACACAUAUGUCAAUGUAUCUCGGUGGUUGCAGGCAUCCAAAGGAGAUACAAGCACUUAUUAAACCGAAUGUUAGUGAGGACAAGGUACUUGAAUAUAUAUGGAAACACAUGGAGAUAGAUAUUCUCAUCCUACAGCAGGCUAUUGGGAAGAGUGCAGAAGAUGUAUAUUUAUUGCUGCACUGUAUUUGCAGAGAUUUUGUGACAGAAAAGAAAGCUCAAGUGAAAGAGAGAGAUGUUUGCCGUUUACAAAACAAAGCUGCUCGGAAGAGAUGGGAACAGAUGUUUGCAAAAUUAUUCCUGGAGAAUAUAUUCAUGGAUAUGGAUAAUGUCAUGGAGUCCUUCAAUGAAGAAAUAGGGAAAGAUGCAAGAAUAGGAUCGGACCCUUUGACAUGUCUCCUGAUUGAGGAAGAUAUUUCUGAGGAGAAAAUUGAUUUAAAUGACCUUCACAACAUACCUGUCGUUUGGCGAUACAGAUCCCAGAUAACAAUUUCCCAUUUGUCUCGUACAUUCCUAGCACAGGCACCACAAAAUGCUUUCCCAAUACUUCGUAUCUUCCUAGACGAGGAACAUCAUCUGAAAGCAAUCAGAUUGAUUCCCAGUAUCAUUAAGCUUCAAAAGAUUUUGAUUCAGUUUUUUCAAGAUCGUCUUGAUAAGACAGAUGCUGCACACAUGGCAAUUGAUAAAACGUUAGAGAAAGAAUUAAAAGAUCAUAAUUUGGGCGGAUUGGUAAGCGACUUUUUGGAAGCAUGGCGAUGUGUUAGGGAACAUUUAGGAACGUUCACUUUCCUAACACCAAAAGGAAACCGACAAUUACCAAUAGAAUGCAGCCAGAAAAUAAUCACUGAAAAAGACUGGAUAACAUACCUGCUACCAACAUUCCAGGAUAAUGGGCUCUGUUCAUAUGCCCUUUUAUACUUCUUGUUAAAAAAGCAGAAUACGUUUUUGAUGGAGUAUUGUAGGAGAAAAAAUUAUCAGUACAAAGACCUACCCAAAGUCCAUUUAAAGGAUUUGACUACUGCACAUCUCAUCUGCUUUCAUCCUACAAAGGACAUAUUACCAAUGGUUAUGGCCAAUAGUCAGUACACAUUUGAAGUAGAAAAAGGAACAAGAGUACAUUACAAUUUUGCGGACCUAGAAAGACAGCUCAUGGAUAGAAUUUUAUUUUCAAAAUCUGUCAUCGAAAUGCCUCUUUCAGAGUUUCCAAUAAUGACGUAUGCAUCUGAAAGAACAAACGCUAGCGUGUUUAGGGAUCUACGAAGAAAUGUGAAACAGGAACCUCUGGCACCAGUUGUUGUCCAUCAAAUUUGUACCGAAUUCAAAUCGUAUCCUGAUAUUUGCGAUGCACUGAAAAAGCUCGAUAUUGCAAUCAGCUUUCUCAAAUCGGUUGGAGGAGACAUUGAAAUGAAUCUUGAAAGCUUCAUGUCACAGACUCUACAGAUUGAAAAUCCAUUUCCAACACAAAAGGUAAAAAUGAGCUGUCAAUGCAAACAUGCCCAAGCCCUUUGGAUUGCUCUCACAUUGACAAAGACGAAGAAUCAGUCUUGCUUUCAAGAGGAUACAUUUGAAGGCAUAUCAGGUGAUUUUAGAAAAGAGAUGGACGAAAAAGAAAGAAAGGCUUUACAAAACAUGUGCAAAGACAAAGAAAUUUCUCUUGAAAAAAUAAAUUGCCUUGUUGACAUGAUGUUUGAGUGCAUUUCAUUGCAAAUAACUAUACCAGCUGAUGAAGAAUUUGAUAUGGCAUCACUAAGCUUGAGGGAUACUUUGAUGGAAUACAGUCAGGCCCCGUGCUAUGACAUACCCCAAAAAGUACAGGAUACACCAGAUGUGACGGAUUUAAUCCAGAAAAUACCGGCUUCAAUUUUGAAUACCAAGGCGAUAGAUGUAUGGUUGUGUGUAUAUACAAUUUACACCGAAAAAGACAGACCAAGGCGUUAAUAAUAACAAAGCUACAAGAAUUUAUUUGAAGUGAUAAGCGAAGCUAAUUACAUUGAUUAAUUUAGACAUAAAUGUCCAUAUUAACUUUACAAUGUAUUAAAAUAAAAUCGAAUAGUUAUGUAUAUGUA